GACGUGGCACGCUGUGGCAACAGUUCCUGUUGUUAUGGUUCGGUGUCUGUGAGUUAGCCGAGCUGGUGCUAGCUGUGUGCGCAGGAGUCAGUCAUAUGCACAUUAUUUUUUAACAUUUGGUGCUACAUUACUUAGCUAACUGUCUCAUGAAGCUAUAGUAGAGCAGGUUAGUUGGCUAGUUGGGGCUAUGCACAGAGUCCGCUCGUUUAUCGGUCAUGUGGCUGCGCUGCUGCUGCUGCUGCUGUGUGUCGGGCCGUCUGCUCACCGCGGCGCUUCUCCAGUCUUUACUGAUGAAAUCCCUUUUAAAAUCAACUGGCCCGGCGAACAUGUCACCCUGCCAGCCUCGGGGGCUCUUUAUAGAGAAGAUGACUUCCUUAUUAUGACAACGGCAGAGAAAGAGAAAUACAAGUGCUUAUUACCUUCUCUGGCCAAUGGAGAUGAGGAUGAGGAGAAGGAGUAUAUGGGCCAUGGCCCAGCUGUGCUGCUUGCACCGUUAUUUAAACAGAGCAGCUGUUCGUACAGGAUUGAGUCUUAUUGGACAUAUGAAGUAUGCCACGGUAAACAUGUGAGGCAGUAUCAUGAAGAAAAGGAGGCGGGGCAGAAGUUGAACAUUCAGGAGUACUACCUUGGGACCAUGAGUAAACCCACUGAUGCUUUGGCAGAAUCUGAAGCUGGUAAAGUGGAGGAUACUGGCAAUGAGGUGCCAACUAAGAAUGUAGAAGGCCAGUUGACGCCUUACUACCCUGUGGAGAUGGGGAAUGGGACGCCAUGUCUGCUUAAACAGAACCAGCCUCGCUCCACCUCUGUGCUGUAUGUCUGUCACCCAGAGGCCAAGCACGAAAUUCUCUCAAUUGCUGAGGUUACAACCUGCGAGUAUGAGGUGGUGGUCCUCACCCCUCUGCUCUGUGCCCAUCCAAAGUACAGGUUUAAGUCGUCCCCAGUGAACACCAUCUUGUGCCAGGCUUUGGCAGGCUCCCCGCUCAGACCUCACAGUCUUUCACAGCUGGACCAGCAGCAGGAGGAGCUGCUCAGACCACAUUUCAGCCCUGCCACGGAGAGGGAGGAGGACACAUCCCCUGUGCGGGAAGAAGCUUAUACUUCUACCCACAAGCCCCUGGCUGUUGGUGGUCAAGCUCAAGUCACAGUAGGCACUACCCACAUCUCCCGCCUGACUGAUGAACAGCUCAUCAAGGAAUUCCUCAGCGGUUCAUACUGUCUGCAUGGGGGUGUUGGAUGGUGGAAAUAUGAAUUCUGUUAUGGAAAACAUGUCCAUCAGUAUCAUGAGGACAAAGAGCAAGGAAAGAGUAUUGUGGUGGUAGGCAGCUGGAAUCGUGAGGAGCAUUAUGAAUGGGCCAAGAAGAAUGUGGCUCGUACUUACCAGCUCAAAGAUGAUGGAACACAGAAAGUGAAGGUGGUGUCCCAUUUCUACGGCCAUGGAGAUGUGUGUGACCUGACAGGGAAGUCGAGACAGGUCACUGUGAAGCUCAAGUGUAAGGAAUCGGAGUCUCCUCAUGCUGUUACUGUGUACCUGUUGGAACCCCAAACCUGUCAAUAUAUUUUAGGGGUUGAAUCUCCAGUGAUCUGUAAGAUUUUGGACACUGCUGAUGAGAAUGGCCUUUUGUCUAUCCCUAGCUAGAAAUAACAAAAACAGAAAUGGACAUGUGCAGGCAGAAGAAGCGUAUUCUACAUGGAAGCGAGAUGUAUUUCUGAAGGGGGAACUUUGGCCUUUGGUCUGAAACUGAAACAAGAUGGAAGCACCUGAAUCUAGGAACUCCUCAUUCACCCUUUUAAGAACACUGAAGAUUCUCUGUGGACUCAGCUUUGCUGAAAAGUACAUUCAUUCUGGAAAUGUGGUUCAAAGUCCCCAUGAGACUGAAAGAAAUGGGGGAAAAUGUUAAAAUACCCAGAUCUGCUGGAGGACCCCCCAGCAGAUCUACACUGCAGUAGUCCUUUUGAAUUUAAUGCUGUCACUCAUUCCUUUAAUAGAACGGUAAUAUAUUGGGUUGUUUUAACUGUUUCUAUUUAUUUGACUUAAUUUCUGUUAAUUACAUGCUUGGUGUUGACAUUUUGCACUUGAAAGUUUUUAUGUAUAUAAUAAAGCUGAGAUUAAAAAAUU